UCCCCAGCCCCGCCCUUCCCUCGCGCCCAAUUCGCACCGCACCGCCAUGGCGAAACCCUCCGCCGGCUUGCACACCCCGCGCCCCUCCGCGCUCCGCUCCUCCUCCUCCUUCCCCUCCACCCGCAGCUCCGUGGGGUCCACCUCCUCGUCGUCGGCGGCCGCCGCAUCGAAGCUCCCCGUCGCCGCCGCCGCCCCCCGUGACUUCGCCUCCAACGCCAAGGUGGUGGCCAAGUGCCUGGCCUACGACGACGACGACAUCGCCCUCGCCGCCGCCACGCUGUCUCCGGAUGCCGUGCCAGAGGGGAGGCUCGUCGCUCAGGAGGAGGACCUGGCGUCGCUCCUCGAGCUGCCGGAUCCCGACGUCUCCGGCGACACCUCCGUCAUCUCUGCUGCUCCUGAUGACGCGCUGAUAGCUUCCGCCGAUUCCUGUGUCACCGAGGUGCCAGCUCGCGCGGACUCCACCCACGACAGCGAGGCGCCUCUCCCGGAGGAGAUCAACGUCGUCCUGGCCGAGCUCCACGGCGCCAGCGGCCUCAGCCCGCGCUCCAAGCGCCUCCUGACCGCGCUCGCCGAGGCCGCCGCUUUCGAGCUCGCCCCCUCAGCCACCGCCCGCCGCCUUCGCUGCGCCGCCUUCUGGGGCAAGGUGCGCGUGGCGGUCCUCGCCGGGACGCUCGCCGCCGUGGUCGUCGUCGACGUGGCUCUCGGUGCCUACCUCUACGCGCGCCGCGUGAACGACCGGUACUACCACGUCCUGCCCCCCACCUGAUCCGACCGCCGCCGCGCUCUCUCCCGGCACGCUGCUGCUUCGUCACGUUUAGGUGCAGUAUAGACAUAGUAGCUGAUGUUCCUAUUUAAUUGUUAAUUUCUGUGGUUAUUAAUUCUGGUUACAUUGGUACAAGUUUCCCGUCACCGUCACAUUGCUGGUAUAGCUCAGAUAAGCAGAUCUGGAAACGAGUAGGUGAGUGAAUCCCGUGGUUCGUCAGUUUACUGUAUGGAACUGAUCACUUGCGUUGCAUUGAUCUGUAUACAGUAGCAUGCAUCCUGUGCUGUUCUGAUCCCCGCUCUGCACCAGCACCAA